CAGUCAUGAAAACUUGAAACUCUCACAAACACAAACACACACUCUCUCUCCCUCUCUGUCACUUCCUGGAUCCAGCGGGUCUGCUGUGGAAACUUUGGUCAGAGUGUUGAUCCAGGGAGGGAGGGGGGAUCUCCGGGAGCCUCCAGCAGCCUCACACACGGAUCAGACCCGCGGCUCGUAGCUCCGGGAUGGCGGCCGUCAAGGCGCUGCAGCAGUGGUGCCGGAUCCAGUGCGACGGGUACCGGGAUGUGAACAUCACCAACAUGACCACUUCGUUCAGGGACGGCUUGGCUUUCUGCGCCCUGAUCCACAAACACAGACCCGACCUCAUGUGAGUAAAACACCCGGAGACAGCAGGCAGCAGCUGGGGGAAGUUUGUAAAGUCCGAUUUUAGUGAACACACCAUUAUGCUUCAGUUCUAUCUAUAACCCACUAAAAGUUCAGGAGAAGAAAAGUCUGCUGGGUCUGACUUUGGCUGGUCUUUUUAGAAAGCAGAAGCAGGAGCUCAAACUGGCCCCCAGGAGGACCAGAAACCACAUUACAGCUCUGUUUGGUUUUCAUGUUUCUCCACUGCUGAGUAACUUCACUGAAUAUUCAGGUCAUGUCUGAUUUGUAGACUUCUCAGACCUGAGAACUCAAAACUAAAGCCACAGCAGAUCCAGGUCUAGUGUUCUGAUCAUCUGUCAACAGCUGUGGUGAUUUCCUGAGCUAAAAUGUCAAGAGAUAGGGGAGACUGGGGCGUGUUGUCACACUUUUCACACUCUUAAGGUCCUUUCACACCGGGACCGCUUUUGUCGUGCGAUCAUUUCGGACGUCCCUGUGAAAUUGUGGCUUUUUUUUUUUCAUAUCAUGGUCAAUUUUUCCAAAGUUUCACAUACUGUGUGUCCACUUCUGACCAAUCAGAUUUUGUGUUGUUGCGACGUCAGAUUCACCGGUAUAUCCAACAUGGCCGACCGACUGAUUGUUUACGUGUCGGAGAACAGAGUGAUUUUUGAUAAAAGACACAAAUAUUACAAAGAUAACGACCUGAAGGACAACUUGUGGAGAGUCAAAGUGUUGGAUUUCUCAUAUGACGAUGGUUUGUGUGCUUUAACAGUUUGAUAAAUGUCUUUGUUUUAACUUUCAUCUGUGCUAAUGUAAGCUAACGGUUGUUACCAUAGUUUCAUGUGCUUAUCUGGUACUGACCCCGACUCGGUACAUAUGAUCAUGACAGAAAGCCAUCGCAACACCAGUGUCUAGUGUCUGGAGCUAAUUGUUUCAGCAGAACUUCAAAUUGUCAAAUGGACGUCCGAAAAUAGGUUCUGAAGCGACCGUGGUCCAGUUUCAGCUCCUGAACCAAGCAGUGAAACUCACCAAGUUCUCGUCUUUUUUGUAAUAUUGGAUGCAUGAUUGUGCUACAUUUCUUUUUCUUUUGAUUAAGCAAAAGAAGUACCAAUUCGCCAUCACUUGAAGUUGAAGUGAUUUUUGUCUUCCACCUGGGACGCUGUUGGAUGGUAAGGGAAGGGCCCGCCCUCCUUCGCCUCUGAUUGGCUAUAAGUGCUGACCGUUUGGCUUAAGCGUGUGAUGACGUCCCCACCUUUUCUGGCCCUGGUCUCCCCUACGUCUAGUUUAGUCUCCUAAAUCUGGGGUUAUGAGCCCUUUAAUAUACUAAAGGGCCAAUCUGAAAAAUAAUACACGGAUUUAUAACAAAGAAAAGCUGGACUUGACCUGGUGAAAACAUUACCAGAGUAAAUAUAAAUAAAUGUAUAUUACUCAGUAUUGCAAUCCACUUGAUUUAUACUAAAUAAAUCCUCUGGCUGUGAGUUUUCAAAAGCAGCUCGUAUGAAUAAAUGCGGUUUGCGCUGUUUCAUCACUCUGAAAUUUCUGGACGCCGAGUCUUUUGCAAUCAAGCCCCUGAUAGAGCAAUCAUCUUUGUUUCCAUAACAACCAAAACAGCUUGCAUGCUGGCGCGUUAUUGGGCCGGUACACUGACAGACUUGACUUGAGCAAUCAAAAACAAACUCCCAACAGCACUUACAGGAAACUGUUCAUCACACCCCAGAGAUGAAAGUUUCAAGUUUGUGGUUGAAAAUCCAAGUAUGACAGAGCUGUAGUUAGUCGUUCAUAAGACAAAUAACCAAUAUUUUAAACGCAUGUAUCAGAUUUUCAUAAUAUUGAUCGGUCAGUAGGUGUAAACAUCCAAUAUAUCGGCAACCAUCGUUGUUUUGGAUUCACGACAAAUGUUGAUCAUCAGUUUUAAAAGUGUCAGAAGGCCGCUACAGCUACCUGCAGAUACUUCUUGGGACUCUGAACAUCGUAUUCAGACGUAAAGAGAUAACCAGUGUGUUAUAGUGUCGAGGGUGAGAUAAAAGAGCCAAAGGUUUACCCCAAUUACUAGUACAAGGUCUCCUCCAUUACACAACCCCAUGUGAUCAGGUUUGAUUCUCUCCAAAGUGAACUGUUUUCAGAUGUUUGAAAUGAAGAUUCAGACUCAAAGCUUGAAGUCAGAGUUCUACAGGAUCUCUUGUAGCGUCUGUCCCUGGACUAACAGGGGGAUUCCUCCUGUGAAUGAUGGUUAAUAUUUCUCCCUGACAGCUGUGGAGUUUUAUCUCUCCAUGCUCUGCCUUCAUUUCAUCGUCACAUACUUGAUUGGAUUGACUCACUAUCUCUGGUUGAACUUUGACCGAUGUCAUGCCAGGACAUCGAGGCAGAUAAACCGACAUUAGUUUCACUUUCAGAUGAGGCGCAGCUGCUCCAGAUGUUUCUAUUCUAGUUUUUACUUUCAGCCUGACGGCACAGUUCAUGUUUAGAUGUUAAAUAUCAUCUCAAGGUUUCAGUUUAUGAAUGCUGGCUGCUCUGAGUGUCAGCUGUGUGACUCUGCAGACUGAACUCUGUGACAGUCGGUCACACUGUCUGUCAGGAUGUAUGUUGCAUGACUAAAUAACACAUGUUCUGUCCACGCUGCUCGUCAACAAAUAAAUCAGUGAAGGAAUCUGGAUCACAUGACUCUCUUACUCUUUUUUUUCCUUUUUCUGUUGCAGCAACUUUGAUUCUCUGAAGAAGGAAAACGUCUAUGACAACAACAAACUGGUAAGACGUGUUCUGCAUUUACACUCUGAGUGUGUGUUUCCUGGGGUUUCUGAACACUUACUAAGACAAUGCAACACUCAUAAGAGUCAGUAUGGAUGAUACCAACAUUGAUUUUUAAACGUCAAACAGUGAGACAAAAUCUCUGAAAGGAUUUUGGGGCCCAAACAUGUCUUUUGAAAUCCCAUAAAUGUUAUGAAACAUCACAAGUUAAAGAAAUGCACAAAAUAAUCACGUAAUGUCAAUAAGACAGUGAAGAUUGGAUUGGUACGUUGGUAAAAUAAAGGAUCUUUCAUGAGGAAAAAUACGUGAUUUAAGAUUUUUUUAGCCUUAAAUGUAAUCUGUGACUUUUUAAGGAUCUAUGACUCUGCUCAGCUGUUCCUGCUUGUGUGGCUUCUAGCACUUUGUCGAGAUCUUGGUACCAUUCUGGGGUAUCUCCCAUUUUGGGCCAUUUGAUUCGUUCCCUCGCAGGGUGGGUUUGGCUCUCUGGGGAGGCAUUAGGUGGGUCCCUCCCGAGGUCUUGAGGUGACACAGGUGCUAAGAGAUCUCCAGUACUGUGGGGUGCUUCCUGCCAGGAGCUCUCACUAUGUGCUCCCUCUGUGCGCCGCUCCUGUGACCCUUCCGUCAGGGCUCCUCCACAGACUAGCGGCUGCUGGAAGAGAGUGGGUCAGUUGUGUUUAGUCUCUUUGCUAAAGAAAUUAGGCAAAGCUAAAAAGAUGUUUGGUGUCUAGUACUAUGUCUGUGACCCUAUAUGUCCUGCUGAUGAAGUUAGGUGCUGUUCUGAGCAUUAUUUGUGGCUAUAGAGUGGCGUUUUGGUUGAGGUUUGUGCUAGGAGAUGUAGACCGCUGUGUAUUGCUAUCGUGCCGUCGUUACUAAAGUUGGUAUAACGAGAGAAGCAAGUAGUCGGCAACAAUCAUCUCUCGAGCGUCUUUGACAAUAACUUAAAUUUACACCAGAAUAUCCCUUUAAAGUCAGGAGGUAAGCACAGUCAGGACAGCUUCGAUAAAAAACGACAGACUUGACUUUUAGUUCUGGAAAUGUGCUCUCUAAGACAUUUGAAGUUGUCUUCUGAGAUUUUACGGACAGAUGUACACAAAGCAAUCAAAAAUGUGUUCAUCACUCCGUAUCAGCAGCUUCCUCCUCACUUCAAGAUGUCCGAGUUCAUAUGCUGCUGACAGAGGAAGUCAUUGCCAAAUAUAGAGUGUUUCAACCCGGCACUUGGAUGCUGGCUGCUGUGUUACAUUCUUAGUCUUUAGUUUUUCUCCCUGGAGCUUCAUUUUUGGACUCUGAGGUCUGUGACUGAAAAACACUCCACAUAAACUUUCACUCUUUAGUUUAUAAGAAGUCAAAGAUUGAAUUAGCGGUUAUUUUACGAUCUUAAUUGAGAGGGAGGGGCAGGUUGGUCUUAAAGGCAGGUGUAAACUAUAACAGAUGAAAGUGCGUCGGGGAACAGUGAAGUAAGCUCUGUUAUUUUGUUAUUUCUCCAAGCAGGUUGGCGUGUCUCUUCUUGUUGUUUUUUCUGCUUCCUUGGAAUCGCUGAAUGAGAUUCAGGUUCGGGAAUUCCCUACUUACCAAACGCACAAGCUGUGGAGGUUCAAAGUGGUCUGAAGUUUCACUUUUGAUGAAAGCAAAAGCAAGAAAUGGACCUGGGCAAAGAUUAACUUAAGGACAAGGUUAUCUAUGAGGGACUGGGAUGAACAAAUACCAUCCCAUAUGAAGAUUUGUACUUCCAGAAGAAGGUCAAAUGUUUCUUUAUCAAAAGGAACCACCUGUCCCUCAUUUUAGGAGACUGAAGGCAAGGACAUUUCAUUCAGUUCAGAGAAAUUUAAAGUUUUUUACGUUACACAACAAAUGCAUCACGACAGGAGGCAAAAGACACGGAUUAUACGAGGAUUUUUUUUUUUUUUUUUUUUGCAAGACAACUAAAAGCAGAAACUUAAAAAAAAAAUUUAAUUCAAGAAAACUUUCUGUUUGACUUUUAAUCCACAAAAUAUGUGCAAAUCAAGUCGUCAGAGAUUGUUGAAGUUCUCUAAAUUUGCCCUUGAGGCCUUAAAUAAAUCUAAUAUCUACUUUGUUGUGAUUUGUUGUCCUUUUUUAAUUCAGGCGUUCAGCGUCGCAGAGGGUGAGUUGGGGAUUCCAGCGUUGUUGGAUGCUGAAGACAUGGUGGCUCUGAGGGUUCCUGACCGCCUCAGUAUCCUCACAUACGUCUCUCAGUACUACAACUACUUCCACGGACGCUCCCCGAGUGAGUCCCAAUGUUUGACUGUUUCCAGCUCUGCUCUGAACCCUCGUUCCUCCUCUGAGGGGUUUUAAUUCUUCUGCUCAUCUGUGUGUUUGCUGCAGUCGGUGGUUUGGGGGGUAUUAAACGCCCCGCUGAAGCUCCUGCAGGGGAACCGUCGGGGAAGAAGAACCAGCCGGUGAUGUCUAAAGUGUUUCCCUCUUCUAAGCCCGCUCGGGAAAACAGCCCUCCCCCCUCCUCCAACAUCACACGACCCCCUCCUUCUCCAAGGCAAAGCAGAGAUGCAAAACAGGUAAUGCUGGCGGACUGAAUGCUUGACGUACAUAUGUUGUGCAGAUGUCUUCCUUGGUGAGAAAUGUAGAAAUUUGUUGAGUCAAUUAUUUGACAAAACAACCAAAACUCCUCACAUGACCUCAAACACGGUUACUCAGCUUUCUCUGAACUGUUUCCUCUUUUUUCUCUUCAAGGAUGUUCCUGUUGAGAAACCUCAUCAGACGGGCACCUUGAGUAACAAAUGUGUCUCUUGCAAUAAGCAUGUUCACCUAGUGCAGAGACAUCUAGUGGACGGGAAGCUCUAUCACAGGCACUGCGCAAAGUAAGUGGAGGCUUGUGUGUGCAAUCACAGUGCAAAGACAGUUUUUAGAUCAAAUACAACAACAAAAGUGUGUUUACAUAAUCCUUUUGUAUCUAAAAUGAGCACUUAGAGCAAAUAUGAUGGUUUAAAAAGGAUGCAGCAGAAAGAAACAUGCUGGACACUCACAGGAACCAUCAUGUAGGACUGGACAAUGUGGUCUAAAAGCUUAAACUCUGAUUGUUUCAAAGUAAACCUGAUUCAUGAUUUUUACCUUGGAAAGGAGGAACCUUGGAGGAAAAUCUCCUCCAGCUCUGUGGAGAUCCUUUCUGGUUAUACGGAUGAAGCAGGUCAACUUCAGAAUUUUAUUUGACCAUAAAAGUCUCAAAUUGGUUUUAUUGGAGUGUCGUAGCCAAGACAGCAGCAGCACGCUCCAACAGAGUUAGACACGACUGUUAUAAAACAGGUCAACACUUCUUUAAUUGCAAAGCAGAAAGUCAACAGUCAAAGCAUCUACAUCCUGAUGCAUCUUCCUCUUAAUGCCUUCAAACUGCUUUUAAACAACCAGAGAGCAAGUUAAGAAAAGUCUGAUAAAAAGUGAUUUAGCCUGUAUGUAGACAGUGCAGGCUCUGAGAUGAUACAUGCAUGUAUAAAACAUCUCUUAUGUCACACAGGGGCUUAAAAGAAGCAGCAACAAGUCUUUGCAGGAAAAAAAAGGUGACUUAUUUCUAAAAUAGACGGCACGUCUCAGCUACAACUUCUUUAAAGGUGGCAGUAUAUGAAGUCGAAAGACAAGAGGGUCAUCGAUGAAAAAUCUCCAGUUUUUAUGAGAAGAUGCUGAGAUGUGUUAACAGACGUCAGGUUCAGAGGUUUAGUUUUUGAGUUUGUGAACGUCAUGAAUUUAAUUUAAUUUGUAAUUGACUAAUGAAAUGAGUCUGUUAUUAUGUCAAAAGCAUCUACUGUGUUGGAGCUGAUCUGCAUAUCGAUAAACCUGGCUUUUCCGCUGUAUGUUUGGGCACCAUAUCUUGAUGAUAUGUGUCUCAUCAUCAUGCUCCUUUCUUCUCAUGUUGGCUUAGUCUUGAUCAUCUCAUAGUGACACACAUUCCUCCUAAUUGGCCAAAACAGAGAUUACAGGAACUUGUGCACAAAAAGAGCAAGAUAAGAGCUGUUUGCACCAUCACUGUAUGUCUGUGUGAACUACUGUUGUUGUUGUUGUUGUUGUUGUUGUAGCAGAUGACUGUCUCACAUGAAUCUGGUUCUCCUCAAUUUUUCUGUCUCACAUGAGUCUGGUUCUGCUUGAGGUUUCUGUCUCACAUGAGUCUGGUUCUCCUCAAGGUUUCUGUCUCACAUGAGUCUGGUUCUCCUCAAGGUUUCUGUCUCACAUGAGUCUGGUUCUGCUCCAGGUUUCUGCCUAACUCUGGUUCUCCUCAAGGUUUCUGUCUCACAUGAGUCUGGUUCUGCUCAAGGUUUCUGUCUCACAUGAGUCUGGUUCUGCUAGAGGUUUCUGUCUCACAUGAGUCUGGUUCUGCUCAAGGUUUCUGUUUCACAUGAGUCUGGUUCUGCUAGAGGUUUCUGUCUCACAUGAGUCUGGUUCUGCUUAAGGUUUCUGUCUCACAUGAGUCUGGUUCUGUCUAACAUGAGUCUGGUUCUCCUCAAGGUUUCUGUUUCACAUGAGUCUGGUUCUGCUCAAGGUUUCUGUUUCACAUGAGUCUGGUUCUGCUCAAGGAUUCUGUCUAGCAUGAGUCUGGUUCUGUUCAAGGUUUCUGCCUGUUAGAGAAAGUUUCCUCUCUACACUUCCUCACUAAACGCUACAAAGUGUUCUGUCAUGGUGGAUUAAGAUGGCAUAAGAGUGGGUCUGAUAUUGCUAGAUCAGACUAAAGCUGGACUUUAUCUUGAGAUAGCAUCUGUUUUGACUCGGCUCUAUAUAAACAAAGACUGUUUGAUUGUUUGAUGAUAGACGAUCAUGUAAAAAUGAAGUGGGGAAGCCGACCGUACACAGAAACAGAAUUUCUCCUUUUUCUUGUCUUUCAGGGCGCUGUCUCCUACAGGCACACUGACGCCUCUCAGAGAUUUACCCACAAACACUGCGGUAUCUAAAUUCUCUGCUCUACCAGACACCCCCAAAUCCAGCUUGACUACUCACACCCCCUCCAGACCAGGACCAGCCUGGCUGCCAGAGAAACCCAGCACCCCGUCCACCUUUACCAGCUCGAUCUCCGCUUUCUCUCCAUCCAUAACUCCCUCAAGUACGACUCCUGCUGUGAAAGAGAAUCAGACGUCUUCAGGAGUCUCUAAACCCACACCUGCACAGACUACCUGUGAACCCACUUCCACUACCACCACAUCCAUAAACAACAAGCCCACUCCUGCGCCUCGCACCUCAGCCACGGCCGCAAAGACACUGCAGUCCAAACUCAACUUUUUCCAAUCGGAUAACACGGCGAAGGAUGAGGACAAAAAGACCCCGACCUUGAACACUGAUAUCAAAAAAGAUCCAAAAGUGACGGAGAAGGCAGAGGAGAAAAAGACGACAGUGGUAAAUAUUGACUUAAAAAAGGACACAAAAGUGAGUGAUAAUGACAAGGAAAAGAAGACCACAGCCACAGUCACUGAUGUCAAGAAAGAUAUGAAACCAGCUGAGAGAGCUGACACUACAUACAAAGAAGAGAAAAAAAAUGCUUUCAACUUUUACUUGAAAAAAGCCACUAAACCAGCUGAGAAAGCUAACACUGCUAAGGACAAAGACAAAAAGACUGCGGUGGUAAACGUUGACAUAAAGAAAGAUAAGAAUGUAACUGAUAAGGUCCUGGAGGCCUCAGCAGGCCAGGCUGUGACUGUGGUUGUAAAUGUUGGCAAGAAAGCAACAAGUAUAAGCUCAAACUCAGGUGUGGGGAAGGAGGAAACAGCAGCUGGAGAUUCAGGGAAGGUGAGUGAGAGCGGGAAGACGAAAGCUUCAGCGGCUGCCUUCAUAUCUAAAAAACUGACCGAGGAGAACAACAAUAACAGCAGUAAACCAGCAUGGACGACUGUGGCACUGAAGAAGACGGAAAAGUGAGUCAUCUAAGCGCACAACACAACACCUGUUGAUAUCUUGCUUUAGCCUGACCCCUACUGGUGAAUAAGUGCUUUUUUUUUUAAACCUCUCAUCAGCCCUCCUCAAGAAGAGACUCCAAAGACGGAGACAAAGAAAGUCCGAGGGAGAGUGAAGCUGAAAGCAGACCGUUCACUCCUCGAGGAUCUGCAGACUCCAGAACCUCCAGUCCCGACCAGCAGGUCUGGACUCUGGGCCAGAAGUCCAGAGAGAGGAGGAGGCUCCAAACCCAGCAGCGUUUCUCCAAACAGAUCAGGUGAGCACUUCACUUAAUAAACAUACAAAAGUUGAUUAAAAUCAUGUGUUUAUUAUUGAGCAACAUGUGGAGGUUGUGUGAUUAAAAUGAGUGAUCAGUGUUUAAAUAAACAGGUAGGGACAUUUUAUUUAAAAUAUGACACUUAUAUAAAAGGAUGUAAGAUCACAUACUAAAUACUUACAUGGUCAAAAUAAUGAACUGUGUUUUAUUUUACCCAGAUUGAACUUUUAAAGGAGCAGUUUCACACAUUUUGCAAAUAUUAUUUUAAAUUAAGGGUAUGAUGACUCAAAACAAACAUUAGACAAAGAAAGACAAAGUUUUUCUAGAGUGUAUUUCAGUCACAGACUAAACCGUUUGACUUAUACGCUAAAUACAAUACCAUUUAAUUUAAUUUUAAAUGACACAAUGUGAUACGAUAUGAUUCAAUUCUACAUGUUUUGAUACCGUAUGAUAUAAUAGGAUACAAUGCAAUUUUAUACGACUUAAUUUGAUUCAACACAAUGUGAUACAAUUUGAUUUAUUACAAAAACAAUAUCAUUUUAUACAAUCUGAUCCGAUCCAAUAGGAUACAAUUUGAUGCAAUAUGAUAGAAUAGAAUACAAUAUGAUACAAUUCUACAUGUUACGAUUCUUUGCAAUUUGAUACAAGAUACAAUACUAUACAAUUUGAAAGGAUGUAAUACAUAUUAUACGACAAAAUGAUACAUUACAAACCGAUACAAUAAGACGAUUGAAAACAAUACAGUAUGACACAAUAUAACAGGACACCGCAGCAGGGGAAAAAAGAUACAACACAAUGUGAUGAGAUUAGGACAAUAUAGUGUGCAGUAAUGAAAUGUGUUGUGCUGGUUUGUAAAUAUUUUUAAUUCGGAACAAUCCUUUAUGGAACAACAGUAUAAUCUGACAGAUAGAGUUUAUACACUAUCAGAAACAGAACAAUAGGAAAUGAUAUGGUGUGAUAGGAUAAGAUAGGGUACGAUAUAAAGUGAUGAAAAACCCAAACAGUAUUAAAUAAUCGAUAUAAAAUGAGGGGAUGUCUUGUAAUACAGUAUGAUAUAAUGUGAUGUGCUGCUAUACAAUCCAAUUAAGAUGGGAUACUAUACGAUAAGAUUAAAUUUGUUACGAUGCGAUUAAAUUCGAUACGAUGCGAUUAAAUACGAUACGAUUAAAUUUGAUAAGAUACGAUUACAUUCGAUAUUAUUAAAUUCGAUAUGAUAUGGUUAAAUUCGAUACGAUUAAAUUUGAUAUGAUACGAUUAAAUUCAAUAUAAUUAAAUUCGAUACAAUACGAUUAAAUACGAUAUGAUUAAAUUCAAUAUGAUGGGAUUAAAUUUGAUAUGAUGCGAUUGAUUCGAUACGAUGCGAUUAAAUUUGAUACGAUAGAGGCCAGCUUCCUAGCUUGUCAGAGAUACUAGCCCACCUUUUUUGUUGGGUUUUUUGCGUUCACACCUGACAGCACUGAACCUGAGGAUGACCUCAUUUAGUACAAACAUUGUGCUGCAUGUUGAGCUAAACAAGAUAAUUGGGUCACACUCACUGAACUUUACAGACGUAUCUUUUGUAAUGACUAUCUUUACAGAGAUGUGACUCAUUUGAUAUCCUCCUUUUCUUCAUGACACAACCGUAAAAGUAAGAACUGAAAUGGAUGUUUUGUUUGAUGACGGAACUGAAACUGAAAGUUUUUACGAUUUCUUUGUUUCAGCAGCAUCAGAGAACGAGUGUCCUGCAGACUGGAGGUCAAAGCUGAAGCCUGUAUCCAAAGACACAAAGUAAGACCAGCUUUAUCGCCUGUUUCCUGUAGCUUCCUCACAGUUUUAUGCUGCAGGUUAAUUCCUUUCCACUGGCUCAGUUCCUGAAUUCAUAGUUGCAGCGGGGAUUAUCUGUAGGUGAGCAUGCUCACAGCUUAUCGACAUGAUCAAGUGCGAACCGUGUAAAGCUCCUUUCUCCUCGAUGUCCUGUCCAUCCAUCCAUCCUAUGAUUCACUCCUCCAUCCAUUUAUCCAACCACUCCUCCCGCAGGAAGCCUGUACCUGCUGCUCCUCCAAAUGUCUCCACCAUCACUCGUAGUCAGAGCUUUCUGUCUCUCUCCUUCCGCCACAUGCAUGUGAUCUCCAAAUGGUGUCAGGACUGAGUAGAGUCCUCCGUGGUGCAGCAUAUGCUCAGUGCUCGCAGCUCCUUCCCCCAGAUGACCUUUUCUCCCACCUUCAUGAAUCAGAGCUAAGAAACGCAGCGAGACAGGAAAGGAACUACCUGUAUGAGCUGAAAUACGGCCAUUUAUUAAACCCUGUCUCUCUUUGUCUCUGCCUCAUCCACAGACCAGCUGCGCCCCCGCAGUCCUCAACCAAACCGUGGGCUAAUGGAGCUGGAAAGGCGCAGACUUCAGGGCCAUCUCCCUCCCCUGCCAUCCUCACCCCGAGCAUUUCUGUCUCCCCGCCAGCGUCAAAGGGUAACACGCUCACCUGUGGUCUCACACACCUGAAGCCUUUUUUCCCCCCUCUAUUCUACAUCUGUUUAAUGUCCCUCUCUUUGUUUUUAAGAAUUCCUGAGUGACCAGAAAGACCCGGCUGCAAACAGCACCCCGUCGGAGACAAAGUCUGUCAAGGUGAUUUCUGACACCUUGAAGCUUUACCCUCAAAUAUAGCUGAAAGUGGAGAGUGGGGAGUUAAAAUCAUGUAUUUUGUUUAACCCGUCCCUGAUUUUCAGACUAAACCGGAAAAAAUUCGGAAAGAGGACAUCUUCACGGAGCUGCAGAAGAUUGAGGAAAACCUGAAUGAGUUGGAGAAGAGAGGGGUGGAGCUGGAGCAGAGACUUCGCAGCAGUGAGGAAGGUGAGAUAAACGCACACGUCUGUAUGAGCCUCCUCUUCUUCAAAAAAGAGGCAGAUUGACCAGAAGAGGAGGACGUGGGAUUAACUGUGUGUGUGUGUGUGUGUGUGUGUGUGUCAGACGGAGAAGAUGACUCUCUCAUGGAUGAACUCAUGGUCGAGUGGUUCAACUUGAUCAGGAACAAGCAGGUGGCCAUGCGCUGGGAGUCUGAGCUGGUCUACAUGUGAGUCCACACAAACACACAAACACUAAAGGGCCAUGCCACUAUUUAGCGGCGGGUGAAACAGACUUGCAGCCAGAAGGUUGACAGUUUGAAUUCCCAGUGUCCUCCCUGCUCCGGCCCUCAGCGGGACGUCCUGGAGAAGAGACAGCUCCACCCCCCCCUGCUGGCUGCAGUGGAGUGAAAGAGUGAGGCAGGAUGCUGCACAUGUACUGCAGUUAUUCCUGUUAUACGUGUAUGGAAAAGCGAACCUUUUUUCUCAAUUUUUUUUUAUUUGCUGUUUUUCGGGCUAAUUUUUUUUAUCUUUCUGUCUUUCAGACAAUUUUUUUCGGCUUUUUUUUUCAAUUUUUUUUGUUCUGUUUUUUUUAUGUACACAUUUUUUUAACCCUCUUUCUGCUUUUCAGACAAUUUUUUUUCAGUUUUACGUACUAUUUUGUACUAUUUUGUACUAUUUUGCGUCUGUCUGAUUUUCUUGCUAUAAAAGAAAAAAAAAUGUCUGAAUAAAAGAAGAGAAAAAAACCUCUGAAAGACAAAGAAGAAAAAAAAAUUUCUGAAUAAAAGAAGAGAAAAAAAACUGAAAAACAGAGAAGAAAAAAAAUUGUCUGAAAAACAGAAAGUAAAAAAAAUUGUUUAAAAAACGGAAAAGAGAAAAAGUCUGAAAACAGAAAAGAAAAAAAAUUAGUCUGAAAAACAGAAAAAAAUUUACUUUGAAAAACAGCUUUUUUUUGCAGUGAAUCCAUAUGCUUCCAUAUACAUAAGUGUUAAAACUGGAGGGACAAUUAUUUUUAUACUUUAUUUCUGCAACUUUAUUUUUUUCCACCUUCUGCAAAAUUUGGAGUUAAAUAUAAAUGAACAUCUGAUUUCCUGGUCAUCUUAACAGAGAUUUAAAAUUCAGUCAAAAAUGAGUUCAUUUUAUCUGAUAUAGAUGAACACUGGAUCACAGAGUCUGCAGAACUAGCUCAGAACCAUCCUUGGUACCUGUCACACACAGCUCUGGGCAGAGGAUCCUGUCUCAGUUAAACCAGACAGAGUCUACACAUCUGGAUCAAAAUACCCUCCAAACACCAUCAUCUUAAAAACCUAAAACGAUGUGAUUGAAUUUCAGUGGAAGAACCCAGGACCUGGAGGAACAGCAGCCCAGUGUGGAGCAGGAGCUCAGGAGGCUGAUGGAGAAACCAGGUGAGUGUUUUGGAGGAAACCGAAUCAACACAACAUAAAAUAGAAGAACCUUCAGAAACUCAACAGUGUUUGUGUUUCACCAGAACAUCUGAAAACAACAUGGGACAAGAAGAGAGAGGCGGAGCUGAUGGACAAGCUAAUGGAGAUCGUAAAUGACAGAAACGCUAUAGUGGAGGGUCUGGACGAGGACCGGAUAAGGUGGGUCUACACCUGAUCGUUUACUCCUGUAUAAUGAGACUUAAAGAUUGAAUAAUGGGGUGAUUUGUUGCCUAAAUUAUAAUCCAGAACACAUGAUCAAUAAUUAAGAUUUAAGACUAACAAUGCAAGAUUACACCAGGGCAAAUACAAAGAGCUGCAAACAUGCAAAGAUGUUGAUGAGCCAACCAAACGUUUACACUUUAACUGGAGGAAAAUAAAAACUUUUCAGUGUCGUUUGAACUUUUUAGUAGGAUAUAGGGCUGCACGAUUGAUUGAUUUUAAAUAGUAAUCGCGUUAUUUGAUUAUGACGACGUUAAAAAAAAUUAAAAUCAUCAAAUCGAUUUUCCUCUCGAUCAUGUCUCGCACCUCCAGACCACCGUAGGCUCCCCAGUUCCCACACACACCAGUGUAAACAAUCAUGGCGUUUGCAAAAGAAGGCCAUAAUUUCGUGGUUAAAUAGGACAAGAGCGAGUAAGUCGUGUGGAAUUGGUACGGCAGUAUCAACCCGUCCAUACGGAAACAAACUCAGGAGGAAACGCAAAAGUUGACUAUAAACAGUACUUUUUGAAAACGGGUCAGAGAGCGCACAAAUCCGUAAAUGACUAACACUUUUUAUGUGGAUGUCUAUCUGGUUCUCUGGAAACGAUCAUGUGACACACAGCGUAACUCUUUUAUGGCGCCUGAGCGUGUCAAAUCAACCUUUAUACUCAUGCUCUGUACUCUUCUUCUGUCUUCUGUGCAUUUCCUCUGCAGCGUUACAGCGCCACUCACUGGCUUGGCAUAUGCACUACAUCGUUUUCAGUGGUUUUGUUUUGAGAGAUGAUAGAAAGACUUUUUAUUUUUGAAGUGAAGUUUGGUGAAGUUGUCACUGAAUAAAAAAAUGAAAAUCGAGUUUUUAGAGAAAAAAAUCAGGAUUUAAUUUUUGGCCAAAAUCGUGCAGCCCUAGUUGGAAAUCCUGUGAUGGUAAAAACUUUAUACCUGUUGACUGACAGAGUGUGUGCGAAGAAACUGUUGUUAAUCUGUGUUUUGGUGCUUCAUUUUAGGGAGGAAGAGGAGGACAAAGAGCUGAACAAGAUGAUGAGGAAUUUCAGUGAGUGUCUCCAACACCUCCACAGGCCAAACACUCUGUUCAUUAGUUCUCCAAGCCCCCUGUGUCACUGCAACUUAGCUGGUUUAUAAAUUAUCCAAUUGAGGAUUUCCAUCAUGGACGCCUCUAAUUGAAGCAGAUAGAAUUCUCUUUGUGGGUUAUAUAGGUGUGUGUGUGUCUGUGUGUGUGUGUGUGCGUGCAUUUUUAAGGGCGGUGUUUUUACUUCAUUUGAUCUAAUGACUGCUAAUGGAAAAAGCAUCAAACAAAAAUGCCCCCCUCUCUUUGUCAGCGCUGUUUUUAUUAGACAAAUGGAUCAUGUGGCUGCUUAAUUUGACCCUCUGAUAGAGGAGAGUUAAAGCCAGCUUCAUUUGCAAUUCAUGACUGAAAAAGCGGGCCGGAAAAUGAGGAGAUUUAUUGAACCUCAGUGAAAGGUCGUUAUGCCACAGCGAGCGCAUGCAGACUGUGGGCUAAAGCCAUUUUAAUUUAAUGUAUUCAUAAAGUUAAUGCCAAAGUUUCACAGCUUGGUACAACUUUGAGGAUAAUCAUGUGUUAGUUUACACUCAUGUUGGAUUGGAGGAGAUAAAUCAAAGUUUGUACCUGACUCUUUGUGACCGACUCCCAGGUGUGAGUGAAGCCAUGUAAGGAGCAUGUAGCUGUGAAAUGUAGCCUGGUCAAACACCCCGUAACACCGAGUUAGACACCCCCUCCAGAGAUGAAUGUUGCCGACCGCUUGCUUCUCUAGUUAUACCAACUUUAGUAUCGCCUGCACGAUAGCAAUACACAGCAGUCUACGUCUCCACCAAACCGCACAAACUCAACCAAAACGCCGCUCUAUAGCUACAAAUAAUGCUCAGAACAGCACCUAACUUCAUCAACAGGACAUAUAGGGUCACAGCCAUAGUAUUAGCCACCAAACCUCCUUUAACUUUGCCUAAUUUCUUAAGCAAAGAGACUGAACACAACUCACCCACUCUCCUCCAGCAGCUGCUUGUCUGUGGGGGAUAAUAAUAAUUAUCGAAUCCAUAGACUGUAUACAGAAUAGACGCCUUCUGCCUCCUCACUGUGUGAAGCCACUUCGAGAACAGCACCCUCUGGUGACGGGCUGCAGUAUAGGUCAUAUACUGAGAGCUUUUUCGGCUUCAAAUCCGUAUACAGGCGGGAGGCGGAACUAAGUUAUCCAUAGUAUAUACAGUCUGUGGUCGAAUCUUUUGGAGAGCACAAAACUUCAGAGGGAGAAACCACACACUGCAGCAGAGUGGGGUUUUUUGGCAGUAUUACAGGACCAGUUGUGUGAGGAAAAAAGAAAAAGGAAGGAAGAAAAAAAUGGAGGCUAAAAGACAAAACUUUCACAAGAAACUCUGAGUAGGCCCCACAUUCGAGUGCAGAAAACCAGACUUCACAUCAGCGUCUCCAGACACCAAGUCUGUGAGUCUGUGAGACACAGAUUUUAGGAUUUCACUCUCAAACUCUGACUGGAGCUUGUGUGACUGUGAUCAAAAAAACCAAGGCUGAAAUGUCUCCUCAGAUAAUCCUAGAUAAUCAUAAUCAAAGUUUAAGUUCAUGGACUAACUUCUUCUUCUCCUUUAAGGCGUGAAGAAAGAGAAACCAAAGAAGAGGUCUCCGGUGACCAAACUCUUCAACUGGGGGAAGAAGAAGGAGGAAUGAUGAUGAUGAUGAUGAUGAUGAUGAUGAUGAUGAUGAUGAUGAUGAUGAUGAUGAUGUUCGAGGAGAAACACAGCGCUGCGUCUUCUCACUUUGACGUGUUUUCGCUGCUCUUGUUGUAGUCUUAAUGUCAGCGCACUCAGCCUGUGAUUCAGGGGAUAACACGAGGAGAGUGUGUGUGUGUGUGUGUGUGUGUGUGUGUGUGUGUGUGUGUGUGUGUGUGUGUGUGUGUGUGUGUGUGUGUGUGUGUGUGUGCGCGUGAGCGAUCUGUCAUUUUAAGCACUUAUAGAAAAAUGCCCUCCCUCUGUCGACGACAUCAAUCAAGAUCUGACGUUCCUCCUGCUGCAUACACACACUCUUAAACACACACACACUUCCACACACUCACAGGAAGAUGAUGUUGAGGGGUUAAUGACUCACCAGCAGUGAUGUGAUUGGGUUCAGUGCUCUAGUUGUUAGCUUUAAUACCCUUCCAGUCUUAAUCUGUCUACUUAACGCUGUCAAACACACACACAUUUUCACCCUAUAUAUAUAUUUUAACACUCACACACACACACUCCAGAUGCUCAUACAAGCUGCAGCAGCACAGAGGUCAGACAGCUGUUUGGCGCUCUCUGGUCUUGUUGUAGUCCACAUUACAAGUCUCCAGUGACUCGGGAUAACUUCAGGGUCUCGACACGAAACUCUUUCGUUGUAAAUUACUGCGUUUCUCUUUUUAAUCCGGACGUCGUCUCUGUGAAGAUUACAGUCAAAAACAAGAAAAAUGUAUGAAGUGAAAAACAACAACAUGACUUCUAACUUGAGAGGUGAAAAGAGGAAGAAAGGCAGAAAAACUUGAUUAUUGUGGCAGAAAAUUUAGACUUUUUUUCAGAUUUUUGCUCAAAUUUCUGCAGAUAGGACGGAUUAAAAGCACAAAUGGCUGAAACAAAUUAAAUUAAACUGGAUUCAACUGUUGCAGAGAUGAGAUUUAGAAGAAAACAGGUUCACUUAACGAUGAUUAAAAGCUUUUAACUGCAGGGUCAGGUCUUAACAAAUCACUGAUCCCCUUCACAGCAGACAAACUGACGCGUUUUAAGUCACUUUAACUUUUUUUUUUGUAAAUAUAUAAAAAUAUGUACAACUUUGGUUUUUCAAUUUCCUGUUUUUACUGACUAUCCAUCUCAGUCUCGUUUUCUACAGAUCAGCAGACUGAGUGGAUCUGGUUUUGGGUUUUGGGACUCCCAGGCUUUAAAACGAUGACUUGAGUUUUAGAAAAUCCCCCAGCUGGUCCAUAUUGGACCUGAAUUUGUACAUGAUUUUAAUGUUUAAGGGUUAAACGGGAGGAACUGGAGCAGACUUAAUUUUUUAAUGUUGAAGUGUUGCGACCAAACCACUCACAUUUCUAAAACAGCAACACAAAAUGUAACUCUGUGUGUGUAUAUAAUGUUCCUGAUUGUGUAAUUCUGAAUGAACUCAGCUGUAUAUUUUUGUGCAAAGUCGAAAUUAAAUAAAAAUGUAAACUUUA